AUGCCCCUCCCUCCUUCUCCCCUGAAACUCUCACACCGCUAUCCAUCAGCCAUGGACGACUCACCAAUCUCACCCGGAACGUCAAACGUGAAUGGAUUUGCACUGCCAAGCCCUCGGUCACCGCAAACACCCCGUCUAUCUGCUCCUCCAUCCCCAAUCGCCUCCCGCCAUAACUCAACGGCAUUGAGUGGAUCCCACCGAGAAUCCGGGGAUUUUUCUGGCGCCGCCGAGGCAGGGGGUGGAGGCUUGGGAAAUUUGGCAGAUGAGCUAGCCGAUGCCUGGGACCAAGAAGAUGACGGCUAUGGGUAUGCGUCAGGUCAGGAAAACGGCCGCGCGGGGUCACAGCAGAUGGAUCAGAGUGAUAUGGAAGAUGCAUAUAUGCAAUCUGUGCAUGGUAUGCACACUCGCUCAACAUCUCCAUCUCCAGAGAGAGACUCGCUUCAUCCCGGUAGGACUAAGAAUCGUGCAAACCAUCUGCGACAGCACCGGCGACAGGAAUCACAAUAUGACGGUUCAGAUUAUGGACCUGACUCGGAUCUAGACGAGGCUGCGGAUAUCUCUCCAGCAUUGGAGAAUCAAAUGGCUGAAAUUGAAAGCCUUGUUCGGCGGGGUAUAGAGAAUAAUGGAAGUGAGAAUGACUUGGUCAUUCAGCGGACAGUCGAGUCGUUAAAAGACCUCGGCGGGCAGAGCGGCAUUGAAAACAGUGCGAUGAGACUCAUCACAGCUCAUUCCUCAAUCACAUCACAUCUCACGCAUCAAACCCGUACCCUUCAAUCCCUCAUCCACCCACUCUUGUUUUCCCCAUUCCCCCUCCUCUCCGAAGACGCCAUCGACUCUCUCAUGCCCCUUAUCGACGAAGGCUUAUUGCCAAACCUCCCCUAUCCCUUCCCCGAACAGUCCCGCCGCGGCUCCAGGCCAACUACUCCACAGUCAUCUGCUCAUAAUCCGCUGGUCUCUCUCCAAGCACUCAUCUCCCAAACUGCCGAUAUUACCCAUUCACUUCGCGGUCUAAGUGACACGCUCUAUGAGUCAAGACAGUUGACAUCCACUGCUUCCCGGCGACUAAGGUCUGCGCGUGAACUUGUCGCUGAAAUCCGGCGGGAAGAAGAGAGCCGCGAAGAAGGCUCGCGGUGGAUCGAGCGAGGUGAAUGGGACCGCCGGCUGAAAGACCGAGAAGCCGGUAAAGUCUGCGGGGAUGUAGUCAGUGGCUUUGAGGCUGUUUGUGGAGAGUGGCGAGAGAAGCUGUUCGGGGCGAAUGCUGAAGUUGCUGCUGCAUAG